ACUCUCUGUCUCUCUCCACUUUUGACACUUCCAGUCGCGCCGCGCCAAACCCACCACUCAUUUUAGUCGGCCAACAAUCACCCAACCACAGAAUUCAAGUCUAUAUGGGCGUUAACCACAACCCCAUAGCUUCUUCCUUCCUCAAUCUUAUGGGUUUUCCCAGUCCCCUAAACUUCUGCCAAUGAGAAUCCCACUCCUUUCUUGGCUUUUCUUGAUUCCCAUCUUCACAAUCUCGGUCUCAAGCCAAUGCCUCAACGAACAGAAAUCACAUUUAAUCAAACUGAAAAACACCCUCACUUUCAAUCUAGAAAAUUCCACCAAACUCACAAACUGGACCCAAACCCUCGAUUGCUGUCAAUGGAAAGGGGUAAUCUGCGACCGAAACGGCCACGUUACGGGUCUCGAUUUGAGCAGCGAAUCGAUCUCAAACGGGAUCAACCAUUCCAGUGCACUUUUCAGUCUCAGCCAUCUUGAAACACUGAACUUGGCUUACAACAGUUUGAAUUCCAGUCCAAUCCCAUCAAGUAUUGGAGACCUCACUAAUCUGAGGCACUUGAAUUUAUCGAAUUCUGGAUUUUCUGGGCAAAUCCCAACUGGGUUAUCGCUGUUGACAGGGUUAGUUAUCCUUGAUCUUUCCUCUCAGAAUUAUCUUGGAAAUCCUUCAUUGAAAAUUGAAAACCCGAAUUUGUCAACACUUUUUGGUAACCAUGAUGGGGUUAAAGAGCUUUAUCUUGAUGGGGUGAAUAUAUCAGCAAACGGGUAUGAGUGGGGUCAGGCCAUUUCUACUUCAAUGCCUAAUUUGAGAGUUUUGAGCUUGUCAAAUUGCUAUCUAUCAGGCCCUAUUGAUCCUUCACUACAAAAUCUUGAGAAUCUUUAUAAAGUCAAUCUGGGUAACAACAAUCUUGCGUCUCCUGUCCCGAAUUUCUUUGCAAAUUUCCCGAAUUUGACGGUUUUGAUUCUUAGUUCUUCUAACUUGAACGGGACGUUUCCGGAGAACAUUUUAGGGCAGGUACGGACACUGGAGACUCUGAAUUUGGCAAGCAAUGCACUACUCAAUGGUUCUUUACCUGAUUUUCCGGAAAAUGGGUCCCUACGGAAUCUGGUGCUUAGCUUCACCAGUUUUUCCGGGAAUUUACCGGACUCCCUUGGGAGUUUGAUGGAACUAAGAAGGAUAGAGAUUCCAGGGUGUUAUUUCAGAGGACCAAUUCCAAAUUCAUUGGCAAAUCUUAGUCAGCUCGUUUACUUGGAUUUUUCAUCGAACAAUUUUAGCGGUCCAAUACCUUCAUUUCAGGGAUCCAAGAAUCUCACUUACUUAGACCUCUCUCAUAAUGCACUAACAGGUGUGGUUCCUCCCACUCACUUUGCAGGGCUUUUGGAUCUUGUAUAUAUAGAUUUAGCAUAUAAUUCUUUCAAUGGGAGUAUUCCCUCUUCUCUGUUUUCUCUUCCAUCUCUGCAGAAACUUGUGCUUUCCAACAACAAAUUUGGUCGUCAAAUUUCUAGGUUUCCUCCCAAUGGCUCCUUGAAUAAGCUGGAUACACUAGAUUUGAGUAGUAACAUAUUAGAAGGUCCUAUCCCAUCGUACUUCUUUGAUUUUCUAAGCCUUAAAGUCCUCUCACUUUCUUUCAAUAAUUUUAGUGGCACCAUAGACCUAAAAACUAUCCAAAGACUCCAAAAUCUUACUAGACUUGAGCUUUCUUACAACAACUUGUCAGUCGAUAUUUCUAGCUCAUCUUCCUUUCCCCAGCUGAACGUAUUGAAUUUGGCUUCAUGCAAUCUGCAAAAGUUUCCUGAGCUAAUGAACCAAUCGAGAAUCACCCAUUUAGACCUUUCAAACAACCAAAUUCCCGGGAUAAUACCCAAUUGGAUUUGGAAUGUGAGAAAUCGAAGUCUUGCGUAUAAUAGUCCUUGGCAUCUGAAUCUUUCCUGUAAUCUCCUAGUGGGUUUACAAAGUGGAUAUACCAUGCCUAGUCUUGGUGUUCUUGACCUUCAUUCCAAUAAGCUCAGUGGUGAUAUCCCAUUACCACCAGAAACAGCUAUCUAUGUGGACUACUCUAGCAAUAAUUUCAACACUUCUAUCCCUGGUGAAAUUGGCAGAGGCAUAUCCUUUGCUAAUUUCUUCUCUCUUGCCAAUAAUUCGCUCACUGGACCUAUCCCUCGAUCCAUAUGCAAUGGGAGCUACUUUCAGGUUCUUGAUUUGUCCAACAAUAUGUUAAGUGGCACUAUACCACGAUGUCUGAUUGAAAAUUGCACAGAGACUCUUGGGGUGCUGAAUUUGGGGAACAACAGUCUUUCUGGCAAUCUAUCCGGAACAUUCCCACAAGGAUGCGUUUUAAAGACACUGGAUUUGAAUAGGAACCAUUUGGAAGGGCAUGUUCCAGAAUCUCUGUCGAAUUGCCCGAUGCUAGAGGUUUUGAAUCUUGGCAGCAACAACAUGAAUGGUAAUUUCACUUGCUUUUUGAAAAACUCGUCCAAUUUGCGUGUCUUGGUUCUGCGGUCCAACGGUUUCCAAGGGGGCAUAAGAUGUGCAGAGCUGAGUAAUAGUACGUGGCCAAAGCUUCAAAUCAUCGAUAUAGCUUCGAACAACUUCAGCGGUGAUCUGCCUCCGAAAUGCUUCCUACAUUGGGACGGAAUAAUGAUUGAUAGGAGUUACAGUCACCUGCGUUAUGAGUUCCUGAAGCUUAAUAACUUCUACUAUCAGGAUAAAGUAACUGUAACCCUAAAGGGGCUAGAGAUUGAGCUGGUGAAGAUCUUAACUCUGUUUACUGCCGUUGAUUUCUCAAACAAUAGUUUCGAAGGAGAGAUACCGAACACAAUUGGGGAUCUGAGAGCCCUCUACGUACUCAACCUCUCACAAAAUGCCCUCUCAGUCCUGAAUUUGUCAUAUAAUCAUCUGGUCGGAAGGAUACCAACAAGCACUCAACUCCAAUCAUUUUCAAAUACUUCCUUCGAAGGAAAUGUUGGAUUAUGUGGGCUUCCUUUGAGCAAUACUUGCUAUGAUACCCCACCGGUACCAUCACCAAUGCCAAUGCCGAGGGUUCAAGAUUCAGGUUCAGUUCCAAAGAUAAAGUUCAAUUGGCAAUUCAUAUAUACAGGGUUAGGGUUCGGAAUGGGAGCCGGGUUUGUUGUGGGGCCACUUGUGUUUUGGAAGCAAGGGAGCAGAUGGUGCGAUGAAGAGAUUGAGAAGUUUGUUUCGAUGAUUGGUCCAACUCUGUGCGUGAUUUUCGGCUGGUGUGGUGGUGUGAAGGUUGAGACAGAGAGUACUAUUGAAGAACAUGAGACAGGAGAUUGCAACGAAGACGAAGAUGGAGAGGAGAUGGAAGAGCAAGCACUUCCGGGCAGGUACUGUGUGUUUUGUUCCAAACUUGAUAUCCACAGGAAGAAAGCCGUGCACGACCCGAAUUGUUGUUGUCAUGGAUCACCACCCAUUUCUUCUCACUUAACGUCCUCCUCUUCGUCUUCUUCUUCGUAGUGACAAGAUCACCAAAUUUUCAAUUUAUUCAGCUCUUGUUUGUAUAGAUACAGGUAAUACCAGGUUAUCAUAUGAGGUUAUCAACCCUCUAAGCAGGGGUGGUGGAAAAAACGAUCUUCAGACUUCUUUGGAUAAGAAUAAUUAUCACUGUCAGAUAAUAUUUUUGGUUGAAUUGGGAUACUUCCCGUUCAGUUGCACAGAAAUGAUGAAAAAAAUUAACUUUUUCGUAA